AUGUUUGAUCAGAAUUUGUCUCUCAUUCAGCCUGGUGGAUAUUUUAAUAUUAUAUGGUUUUUUGGAGAUCCUUUAAAAAAAAAAUUUAAAUUAAAACAAAAAAAAGAAAUUGAUGAUCGUGAAUUAAGUUUUGUAAUUUCACAGUUACAACCAUAUAUAUUUAAUCUUCGAGAAGGUGUACAGUAUGACAAAACUUUUGCAUUACCUUUAAAUGUUGCCUAUCGUCUUGUUUAUGGAACAUUAGAAUGUAUUAAUUUUCUUCUUGAUGGUAUGGAAAAAAAACUUAAUGAUAUGACUUCUGUUGAAGUGAACUUUCUUCAAAAAGAUAAACAAUUUGAAAUUUCUGGACAUCGAAUUAGUAGUGUUCUUCUCGGUCAUGAAGAUGAGACAGGAGAAAUAGAAGGAACAGUUGUAAGAAGGAAAAGAAAAUAUAAAAGUACAAUUUUUGAUGAUCAUGAAACUGAUGAUGUAUUUGAUGAACAAAUUGAUCUAAAUUUCAAAAAUUUAGAAAUAUGUGAAUCAUUUAUUGAAAAUCCCAUUGAUAAUACAUGCCACUCUCGUUUUACUACAACUAUGGGACAAACAGAAGACAUUGGAGAUCGUAGUAAAAGAAAGCGCGAAUUUACGGAAAUAUUUGACAUUAUUUCUGAAGUUGGUAGAACAAAUGAAAAUGUUAUUGAAGUAGCAAGAGAAGCCUUUUCUUCAAAUCCUAUACUUUCUAAUGCUUUUGAAAAAAGAAUAAGUGGUGCUUUUGAAGAAUUAGAUAAGUGUUAUGAUCUGAUACUUGAUGAUAAAGCUGCACAAACUGAAUUGUACUUACAGAAAUUAAAGCUUGUAGACCAAAAUGUGAUAAAUAAUGAAUGUAUUGCUCAAAUUAGUAGACAAUUUGGAAGAAGAUUUUCUAUCAGGGCAGACACUACUGUUCCAUCUGAUAUUUAUAAUGAAUUAACUUCUAUCGUCCAAGGCAAAAGUACGAUUUUUGCGCCACCUUCCACUCUUCAAAUAACUAGAGAAGAGGAAUGUGAACAGAUGGAUUUCACAGCUCCCAAUGUUCAAGAAUUAUCAUUUGUACCAGGGGUAUCUGAAAUGUCAUUUAAAGAGCUAAAUGUUCCAGAAAUACGUGAAGUUACUCUUGAAAACCCAAUUGUUCCAUCGCCUGGAAGAGAAACAUCAAUACAACGUGAAACAACUGCUUUACAUGUAUCUGAACAUGCUAUAACUUCCCCAAAUCAAUUAAAUAAAGAAUUAUCUCCUAUUAUUCAAGGACCAGCUAAAAAAAGAAGAGUUCAUGGGACGUCAAGACCUCGUCAGCCACGUCAACAUGUUCCUAGUUCGUUAGAUGCUAUUUCAUCAAUGGAAACAUUGGAGGAGAUUCUUCAUUUUUUUAAUAACAGACGAGCUUCAUCAUCUCAAAAAAUAGCUCGGAAAAUUAAGCUUAUUUCUACGUUUUGCAAAAAUUUGUUAAAUACUUUAACAAAACAACGAGAAAAUAUUGAUAUGCAUGAAUAUAUGCAAUCUGCUUUUUGGUUCAGAAGCAUUGAAGAUGUUGCAGAAAAAGUUUAUAAAAAUAAUGGUUGUUUGGUGGAUAUGUUUGAGAAACUUCAAACUUUACCUUUUGUAAACAAUGAAAAUGGCUUUAUUAUUGAGAGUGAGUACAAGGAUGAACUGAAAAAUGUUUUGUAUAAUUUAAAAAUUUCUAAUGUUGAUUAUGCUUUGUAUGCAGCUAUUGUUGACAUGCCUAUCAUUGGUUUAUGUAAUGAUUUAUACAAUAGAAAUAUUAUAAGAAAGUGGCUUAAUGUUGAUUGGUUAAAUGAAACAUCUUCACAAAUGUCUUUUCUUUCUGAUUAUGCUGGACCAAGUGGUAGAAGUUAUAAUUUUCUACCUAAAUGUUUACCAAAAUCUUUUACAUAUCCUGACUUCACACAUUCUCUUAGAACAUUAAAUCGUCCAUAUGAAAAAUUGAAAUACUUUUUUUUAAAAAAAAUGGGUCUUGAUCGUGAUUUGUAUCAUCGUAAUAAUAAAGGGUGUGCUAAGAAGACAAUGAAAUUUGUCAUCAAUGAUUUGAAAAAUUGGAACAUUAAUGAAAAUUUAAGAAUAAUUGAAAAAAUGAUAAAGGAUGUUGUUUUUUCAGAUAAUCUUUUGACAUCUAAAUUUUAUAGUCUUCAAUCAUUGGAAGAUAAAAGAGAUGUAACAAAGAAAGUUGUUAACACAUUUGCAUAUAAUCCAAAUGGAACAAUUGUUUGGUCAGAUUUAACUUUAUUUGUUGAUUCAUUAAUGAAAGUGUAUUGCGAAGAUGAAGAUGAUGAAAAUGUUGAAUCCAUCAACAUUAAACAAUUUGUAAAUGAACUCUAUUGUCCUUCUCAACGUAAAACAUUUUUUCAAGAAGCAGUUAAGCCUGUUGAAUUUGAAUCAAGACUGCAGGAGAUUCAUAAUUCAUUAGUUUCUUUGUAUGGUGAACCUGAAAACUAUUUUUAUAGUGAAUCUAAUGAAAAAGUAAUCUCACAAUUUGAACAAAUUAUGCCAAUGCUAGUUGAAGAUGAAACAAGUAUAGAUGAUGAAUUUGAUAUGGAAACUAUUGUAGAUGAUUUGGAUACCUUUGAGUUAAAUUUAUUUUUAGGAUACAUAUGUACUGUAUCAGUAGUUGAAGAAGAACCUCAGGAAAGGACUUUUAAUAAUGUAAAAUCAUUGUAUGAAACUUUUAUUAACAAUGAAGAAGAUCUUAGAACCAAGUUUUAUGCUGGUACUCAAAUAUUAGUUCCAUCAAAAUGGGAGGAAAUUUUGACAAGUUAUUCAAGGAAAGAUAGAAAACGACCUAAUGCUGAAUCCCCAUCUACAGAAGAGAAGUCAAAACGCCAACGUGUUAGUUUAAGUUUACCACCAAUACCCGAAGAAGAUUUUUUUAUUGAUGAAGAUGAUGGUAGACUGGAGGAAGUUUCUGUUUUACCUCAUAUAGAAGAGGUACGUGAAGUUGAAGGAUCUGUUAUUGGAAAAUCGCAGUCAAGUAUUGAUUCCAUAACAUUUAAUAUUUUUCCCAAUUCAGCUAAUGGUGGUCUAUCUGAAUAUUCUAAUGAAUCAAUCACAUUAACAAGAUUUGAUGAGGGUCCAGUAAUUGAAGAAGUACCUAAGGAAUCUGAACUGUCAUCUUUAUUACCGCUGACUGCAGGACAAGAAAAAGAAUGGGCUGAUAAAACUUUACCACUUCCUGAUAUUUCUCAUGAGCAACAACCACACGAGAUUUCUGAAGCAAUAUUAAUGUCAUCAUCUACGUUACAGACUAAUGUUGUUAAUGAAAAAAGGAAAGAAAUAGAAGAAUUACUAAAGCGACCUGACGUUAUUCCAGAAUAUCAAUUUGUCUUUUCAAGAACUAAUUUUCGUUAUGAAGAUGAAAACAAAAAUGUGAUUACGGAGAAUGAAUACCUAAAAAAUGCUGCACAUCAAAUUGGAUCUAUUCAGUCAUAUGAUGAAGAUGAUAAUGAUGCAUCGUCUGAAGAUGAUGCAAGAUUAGGAAUUUCUGAUUAUUUUAAAGACUUUUCUCUAAAUAAUUGUAUGGAUACAUCAUUAUUAACAUACGAAAAAGUAAAAAGAGUAGCUGGUGCUUCUGGAAGGACUACCUUUAAAGAAGUUGUAAAGGAAUCACCAAUACGAUCAUUUGUUGCAAAAACAUUCUACAAUAUGAUUCUCCUUUCAAGAGAAUCUAAAUAUUUAAAUAUUUGUCAAAAAGAUUUAGGUGAUAUUAAAAUUAUAGUUAAAGAUUCACCUGACGAUGAAUAA